AUGACUAAGGAGGAGAUCCAGGAGGCGAUUGAGCGCCACGAGAACGGCGGAGUGUCCACCUCGGCAGCGACACCGGCAGUGGUCCAACCUGUGGCACAACCGUUGCAGCAGCAGCUCGCGACUGCAGCCCCGAUGAUGAUGUCUGCAGCUGUGCCCAUGCAGAUGAUGCAACCUCAGGCGCGGUAUCCGCCCUAUGUCCGAGUGUUGUGGACGCUGUCGUCGCUGCGUCCGAUGCCGCCCCUGCUGGAGGCCGCAAAGGUUCAGGAGGAGAAGGAGAAGGAGGCCAAGAAGGACGAAGCGUUGUUGGCGGAGCUUACGAGUGUGUCAUCCGCGAUUCAGAAGCAGACAGAGGAGCUGGCCAAGUUGAGCACCUCGUUGAAUGAAAAGGAGCGUGAUAUGCAGAGCAAGACGUUGCUAGCUGCGCAGAUCUCCAGCUCGCUCGCAGAACAGGGCAACGCGCAGUCUAUCGCGGAGUUGAAGGCUGAAAUCUCCACUCUGAAGGCGCUCUUGCUGUCAAAAAAGUCGGAAAGUGCUAGUGAUGCUGAUGCGAAUACUUCUGGAAAGGAGAGUGGCGAUAAAGUGAAGAAGCAAAAUGCUCCUGGAAGCAAGACCACGGUGCCGUCUUCGACAACGGUUAACCCGCAGCAGCCACCUGUGGCCGUUCCGAAGGUGGUAUCAAAGGCUGAGCGCAUGGAGAAAGCUUUGAAAAAGCUCCGAACUGAGAACUCGCUGGAACAACUCAAACUGUCAGCGGGAAUUCUCAGUAUGUAUAUCAAGAACCUUGUCGAGAAUCCGGAUGUCCCUCGCUAUCGCCGCAUUUCCCCUGGCAACGCGAACUUCAAGCAAAAGAUCGAGCCACUCAAGCACCACGAGGAGCUGCUCAAGUCAAUUGGUUUUGAGACGACUGGUCUUAACAUGGAGUGGAAGUGGCACACAGCGAGCAAGAUGACCGGUGCAUUCGAUGAAAACAUCGCCAUCCUGCGCGCGCUCCUGAAGGCGCUUCAGUCUCUCACGAACCCGAAGUCGUCCUCUACUCUGUCACUUGAAGAAAUUGCGCAUGCUAGCCUCGAAGAGUUCUUCGCGCAGCAGGACAAGAACAAGCAAGAGGGCGCUUCGUCAACGACCACUACUGUGACUACCACAACCACUACGACUAAGGAGGAGAAGCGGUCGGCGGCGUCAAGCGGCAGCAGUCGGUUCACCAACAACAGCGCCCCGUCCGGGUCUGCGUCCACAAGUCUCGACGCGUUCAUGGCUCGCCUGGAGCAGCAGACAAGUGUCAGCAAUAUCUCCAACAGUGAUAGCAGCGUGGCGAAGGCGCUCUCAGCAGACGUGGCAGCCGAAGACGAGGAGGAGAAGAUGCCCGUGCCGGUGACGAAGUCGAUCUCUCCGACGGUGACGGCAGGCGGGCCGUCGUACCCGGAAUCGUUCAAGGAAGUGAUGGAUCUCAUCCAGAAGGGCGAGACCGUGCCGGGCAUUCGUGACAUCGAGGACAAGCUGUCGGUCGACUCGAGCGCGCUGCUGAGCCAGCAGAUGCAAGCUGGCGAAGCGGUCGCCGCGAAGCCGUGGGAAAAGAUCAAGGCAUAG